AUGGCGAAUUAUAUAGCAAAUGCUAAUACGCUCCCUUGCGGACACAAAACACAAUAUCCACUCCGGGUGACUGGAUACCAAAUGUGUGGUCCUUAUCCCUCGAAAGCCUUCACUGGCCGAGACCCGAAUCUUCAAUGUAACGAAUGCUUGCUGCUGCAGAUCAAAGACAGAGCACAAACCUCAGACACAAAGCCCAUAUCCUCCUCUUUGGGAUCUUCAAAGGAGUCUCGUUCAUUUCAAGAUUUUAAGGUGAAGCGCAAACCUGUGAACUCUCCUUCCUCUAAUGUCCCUCAACCCAAGCAGAUUACAAGAAAAUCAGCACCAGCGGCGACCUUUGACCAUGAAGUCAACAAGCUGGAGACGCAUCAAGUCGUUAUUUGCCUGCCGAUGAAGAAGUACACUCCACAAGACGUGCGAGUAGUGACUAUAGGCAAGCCUAAAGCCAAUGAUUUGAGUACCCUCCCAAGCCAGCUUCAGGCAAAGCCAGUGCAACGAACAGUUUUACGUGCCAGCAGACCCAAGGCACUUCGUCUUAGUAAACCUGUGAAUCAUGCUAAGAAUAUACCUGCAAUGCUACGUAUUAGAAUUCCAGAUGAUGCGUUAAUCCCGGAAGUUGGGCUGUCAAUCAGUGCCACGCCACCCUCCACAAGCAUGGCAGAGACUACCAAGCUUGACCUCCAAAGCGCUCUGCAAAUAGAUGUCUCACAUCCAUCGGAAACAGGAAGCAUGCCAGAAACUGCAAAAAUCGUCCUCCCAAGCUGCCUGCAAAUCGGUGUCCCAACUUCCUCUGGAAGUGGAAGCAUGGCAGAAGCAACAAAACUUACACCCCAAAGCAUUCUGCAAUCCAAAAGCCUGCCAAACUACACCUAUAGACCUUAUAUUACACUAAAUCCCAUGCAAUCCACAACUUUGACACCACAAGCGCAGGCAUAUAAGCCAUACCGGGCACCCAAGUCGUUUGACGAGAUUCUUGAAUCCAUUGCCCCUGAUUCAGAGAGACAAUCAACAACCUCCCCGACAGUAUCAUCAUCUUCGUCAGAAUCAACCAUUACGACUAACAGCGGCAACAAUUUUCUUCGCUCAAACCCUCAAGAAAGUGCUCACUUGCAUGGGAGUUUUCCAGCACCAGCAUACGUGCAAGAGGCAUACCAAGCAUUCGAAUAUCUUCAAUCAAUGAUAAAAUUAUCCAUCGAAUCAUCCACUACAGCUGACAACAUCAAAACCUCUCCUCCUUCCAACUCUCAGGACCAGGCACCUCUGCAUAAUUGUGCUUCAAGCCCAUACGCGCAAGAAGCAUACCAGGCCUUCGAGUACAUUCAAUCAAUGAUAAGAUCAUUAACGGCACCGCCGGCAUCGUUGUUAUCGUCGACAUCUCGAGGAGAAGGCCGUGUUUUGGACCAAGCGGAGAUGGAUGCAGGAUUCAAAUCCGUGGGGUCUGAUGAAGGUGUUGCUACCUUUGUGCCAGCUGAAGUGAGAGCUGACGAUUUAUGGGAGGAUGUGGACUUGAGUAGCCCGGCACCAGUCAAGAGGUCCGCGAUGGGAUAUGGUACUGCUAACUUGGAAGGGGGACGUGCUCCGCUUGAAAAGCAAGAAGGAAGACGGAGAUGA